UUGAUGCCUUGCUUCUCUCUGAGACUUCCAAACAAUGCAGUGGAACUUUCCAGAAUCAAGCAUCGUAGCAAGAGAUACGACGAUUCAAUUUCGUUUUUGGCGGUCGGAGAUUGGGGAAGAAAUGGGAACUUUAACCAAUCUAUAGUUGCUACUCAGAUGGGAUAUGUUGGGAAGAAACUGGGAAUUGAUUUUGUGGUGUCAACCGGUGAUAACUUCUACGACGAUGGAUUGAAGGGUGAAGACGAUCGAGCUUUUAAAACAUCGUUUUCGAACAUCUACACUGCUAAAAGCCUUAGAAAGCCAUGGUUCUCAGUGUUGGGGAACCACGAUUAUCAGGGGAACGUCGAGGCUCAGUUGAGUCCAGCACUUAAGAAGCGUGACAAAAGAUGGAAUUGUAAGAGAAACUUCAUACUUGAAGCAGGAUCCGCGGAUAUCUUCUUUGUUGACACGACUCCGUUCGUACAGAAGUACUUCGACAAUCCUAAGAAGCAAGUGUUUGAUUGGAGAAAUGUGUUGCCAAGAGACAGAUAUAUGUCUUCCACCUUAAAAAAUAUGAAUGUGUCACUGGAGCAUUCCAAGGCACCUUGGAAAAUUGUGGUUGGACACCACACAAUAAGAAGCAUUGGUUAUCAUGGUGACACUCAAGAAAUGAUAGAUCACUUUCUACCAAUUCUUGAGGCUCACAAGGUGGAUAUGUACAUCAAUGGGCAUGACCACUGCUUGCAGCACCUCAGCAACGAGCGCGGGUCGAUGCAGUUCCUAACAAGUGGGGGUGGUUCGAAGGCAUGGAAGAACAAAAUCCAUUAUGGAUUGCACAAUGACAGCAGCAUGCACUUCUAUCAUGAUGGCCAAGGCUUCUUGUCUGUGGAGAUUGCUCGUGAUAAGGCUAAGUUAGAAUUUUACGACGUUUCUGGGAGAACUAUUCAUCGUUUUAAACUCGAAAAGUAA